AUGAGGAGCCACACGCCAGUCACUAACUUCAUCCUACUAGGGCACAAGGCCAACCCGAAUUUGCAUGCGGUGAUUCCUCUCUACAUGUCUGUCACCUACGUACUGAGCGUCAUCGGCAACCUGACCAUCCGCCUCCACACCCCCAUAAUUGUGGCCACCAUUGUCACCCGGGACAGGACCAUUUCCAACAACUAUUGUGCAACUCAGCUAUUUUUCUUCAUCCUCCUGGGGGCGACUGAGUUCUUCCUCCUGGCCGCCUUGUCUUACGACCGUUAUGUCACCAUCUGCUGGUCGCUGCACUACACAACUGUCAUGAGCCAAAGAGUCUGCACCCUGCUGGUCCUUUGCUCCUGUCUGACUGGGUUCAUGGUCAUCUUUCCUCUGGUCAUCCUUGGUCUCCAACUGUACUUCUGUGGCUCUGUAGCCAUUGACCACUUUUUCUGUGACAUCUCUCCUCUGCUUCCGCUCUCGUGCUCGGACAUCUGGUUCCUGCAGCUGAUGGCUCUUAGGAGAAAGGUCUUUUCCACCUGCUCCUGCCACAUAGUCGUGAUCUCCAUCAUAUACGGUAGCUGCAUCUUUAUGUAUACCAAACCGUCUGCCAAGGAAAGUGUGGAACUGACCAAGGUGGUGGCGGUGCUCAACACGUCAUUGGCCCACAUAUUGAAACCCUUUACCUAUACCCUGCGGAAUCAGCAGGUUAAGCAGGCCUUCCGGGGCACGGGACAUCGGGUCGGAUUUUCCUCCAGGAGCCGUGCUACCUCUCCGUACAUUAGCCUAAUGCUUUAUCUGCUGCCCAACAAAAAGGAGCUGAUGGUUAUCCAACACUCUGUCCGCCCCUUCACCCCUGCUUCUGGAAAUUCCUCCUCUGGCCAGCUUUUAGAGAAGCCCAUCUCCUUCCUGAAGAGUACAGAAUGA